AUGGCGGAGUACGAUCUCACUCAAAAACUUAUCCCUCAUUUGGAUAGGCAUCUCGCCAUUCCCCUCCUCGCCCACCUCUCCGACAUUGCCCUCUUCCCCAGCGAACAAUUAGCUCGGGCGCAGUAUGAGCUCGUCAAGGGGACCAACAUGGUGGAUUACGUGCAGCAGCUGCAGGAGCAGAUUGGCGGGAGCGCACCAGAUUUCCAAAAGCUCCGAGACGAGGCGACGGGGCGGUACAAGGAUCUGCAGGAGAAGGCGCAGCCAGUGAUGAAGGUAAUGGAGGACCCGGCGGCGGUAGAGAAGCUGAGAAGCGGAGCGGAUCGGGAGAAGAACCUGGACGUGUUGCGGUCAGAAUAUAACAUAUCACUGGACCAGAUCAACGCGCUGUACCACUUUGGGCAGUACCAAUACUCGCUCGGCGCAUAUAGCGAUGCCGCCAACUUCCUCUACCACUUCCUCAUCUUUUCCCCCUCGCACGACCUCAACCUCUCGGCUCACUGGGGUAAACUCGCCUCGAAUAUCCUGCUGGGACAAUGGGAGACGGCCUUGACAGAAGUCAAGGAUCUUCGGGAUAUCAUCGACUCGCAAUCCUCCCCUCUCACCCAGCUUCAGGCGCGGACAUGGCUCCUCCACUGGUCCCUCUUUGUCUUUUUCAACCUGGGCGAAACCCUCCAGGGCCUGCUCGACAUGUUCCUCACCCCUUCCUACCUCAACACUAUCCAAACGUCCUGCCCCCACCUCCUCCGGUACGCCGUCGCGGCCGCCAUCAUUUCUCGCCGGAGCUCAAAAACGUCUCGCCGAGACCAUAUCCGCGAACUCACCCGGAUCGUCCAAAUGGAGGAAUAUCAAUACUCGGACCCGGUCACAUCCUUCCUCAAGGAUCUCUUUGUCGACUUUGACUUUGAGAAGGCGCAGCAGAGGCUGGCGGUGGCGGAGAAUGUCGUACGGAAUGACUUUUUCCUGUCGGGGUAUGCGGACGAGUUUGUCGAGAAUGCCAGGUGGUUGAUUAGCGAGUUGUUCUGCCGGAUUCAUCAGCGGAUAGAUAUCAGUGACCUCUCAAAAACGCUCAACCUCACAAAUGAGGAGGGCGAAAAGUGGAUCGUCAAUCUCAUUCGCGAUUCGCAUAUCGACGCCAAGAUUGAUCUCAAACAAAAUAUGCUGCACAUCAGCCGUCCCCACACCACCCCCUCCGCCGACCUCAUCGACACCACUCGCGGUAUCGCCUUCCGGAGCCAGGCUAUACAAUUCGCCAUGCAGACACCGGAGCGGAGGAAGCGGUAA